AGUUAUUAUAGUUGUAUUUAUGCAAACAAUAUUAGCCAUAAUAAUUCUAUAUAUACCAAUUCAACUAUAUAGCAAAAACAUCACAUUAUUACCCUCCUCACAUUCAUCACUAUACCAUGGAUAUGGAGAAGAACCAAUCAAAGCAUGUCUGCGUGGUCGGUGCCGGACCGUCAGGGCUGGUGGCUGCUAGGGAACUCAAGAGAGAAGGCCACAAUGUGGUGGUUUUUGAGCAAAACCAUGAUGUUGGAGGGCAAUGGCUCUAUAACCCUAAUGUUGAAAAUGAAGAUCCCUUAGGAAGGGACAAUACCCUAGAGGUCCAUAGUAGUGUCUAUGCCUCACUAAGGCUUUUCACUCCAAGAGAAGUCAUGGGUUACACUGACUUUCCAUUUGUGGUGAAGGAAGGUGGAGAUAGAGAUACUAGGAGGUUUCCUGGUCAUAAGGAACUUUUUUUUUACUUGAAGGAUUUUUGUGAAUGGUUUGGGUUAAGAGAGAUGAUAAGGUUGAAUACUAAGGUGGAGUUUGUGGGAAUGUUGGAUUGUAAUGAAUUUGGAAAAGAUUUGAGAUGGGUUGUUAGGAGUAAAGCGAAGCAGUCUGAGAAGGUGGUAGAAGAAGUGUUUGAUGCUGUGGUUGUAGCUACUGGUCAUUACUCAAAGCCUUGGUUGCCAACCAUUGAAGGUAUGGAUGCAUGGAAAGGGAAGCAGAUGCAUAGUCGUCACGUCUACAGAGUUCCUGAGCCGUUUCGCAAUGAGGUUGUGGUGGUGGUUGGAAAUUUUAUGAGUGGACAAGAUAUAUCAAUGGAACUUGUGGAUGUGGCAAAGGAGGUCCAUCUCAGUGCCAAAUCUCUUGAUAUUUCUGAAGGAUUGUCCAAAUUCAUCUCCAAACAUGACAACAUCCACCUUCAUCCCGUGAUAGACUUUCUUCAAGAAGAUGGAAAGGUUUUAUUUGUGGAUGGCUCUUGGGUCAUAGCAGACACUAUCAUAUACUGCACAGGGUAUUCAUAUUCAUUCCCAUUUCUUGACACAAAAGGAAUAGUGGAAGUGCAUGGUAACAGGGUGGAACAUUUGUCUGAGCACACCUUCCCUCCCCCCCUUGCUCCU